GAAAGCUACCUCUCCGAGGAAUAUAAAAACACCAAUGAAAUCAUUACAAAUACUUCAGUUGCAGUGAAAACAACCAUUAAAAAUGAUAAUAUCGCCUUUUAAAUGGACAAUAUUGUUGGUAGCCAUAAUAGCAGUACAGCCAAUCCUCUCCACCGCUGUUCCUGAAAGCAAUGAGAUAUCCGAUUUACAGCAAAGCAAACGCUACAAAUUAGUAGCAUUUGCUUUUGAAAGCCUCCAAAGGAGCUUAUGGCCCGAGGAGCUUUACCCAGCUAUGAAAAAUUAUUUGAAUGAUGUCAAAAAAUGGUCUGACCAUGAUGAGAUGUUACAGCAAUCCCUAUACUAUGUCAAAAUCCAACAGACCCUUAAAACUUGUCUGGAUCUUUUGGAGGAACUUUCAAAUCAUCCCUUUAACUGCGCCCAAGAAAUGGCUUUAAAAGCUAAACAUGAUACUUUAAAAGCUUUGUUCAAAUCCGUGGAAAGUGAGAGAUGCCAACAAAUGUGGGCAUCAAAAUAUUUAGAUUUCACCUUGCAGAUGAGAACUAUUUUACGAAAAUCUGCAGACAAGUUUUACAUCAUACUCACGGCUGCUGUCGCUGCAUACGACAAGAGUUUGGAUGAGGUUGAGGAAUAUGAGGAGGUGGACAUAUUGCGAUGGAAUGAACGAUUUAUAAAGGAAACAGAUUUUAACAGAAAACAAUUACUAACCAUUGAAUUCAUGGGCCUAUUUCCGGAUGAGAGGAACAUUCUAGAAUCGAACUGCAAAAUACAAUAUACUAAUUUUUUGUAAACAAAAUCGAAACAAAAGGUCUUUAAAAAAGUCCAUUGAAUGGCACCUAAAAAGCUAA